AAAGUGGGUCGUUGUCUGCUUGGUGGUGGUUAGCCUCCCUCCAUUAUGUGGAGUUGAUAGAGCAGGGAAGAAUGGCCAGUAAUCACAAGUCCUAAAAGCCAUGGCCACUUUUUCUUCUCCUUCUUCCUUCCCGCCAUUAUUUUGCUGUGAUCAUCAUAAGCCGUUAGGGUUUCCGAUUUCGUAUCAUUUUCGUCACAUUCAACGUCGUAGUCAUCAUCAUUGCAGCAAGACAUCAAUUCAGUUAUCCCCAACUACACCACUAGGUGUAACCAGAUUCAGAUGCUUCUCGUCUCAAGGACAGCAGCAGCCUUCUGAAGAAAAGCCGAGAUUGGAAGAAGACUCUGAAGAUUUUGAAUUCGAGAGGCUUUUCUCUAACCUUAAUCGAGCUACUCUCAAACGGGAACCUGGAAGCGUCACUAGUUCCGUUCUUCUGGUUGCUGGCACCACUGUAGGAGCAGGAAUUCUUGCUAUUCCUGCAGUGACUCAGGAAGCUGGAUUUUUGGCGGCUGCGAUCACUUGCAUUCUUUGUUGGAUUUAUAUGGUUGUGACUGGGUUGCUAGUAGCUGAAGUAAAUGUAAAGACAAUGUGCGAACUGGGUUCUGGUGGUGUAUCAUUGGUAUCAAUGGCUACGAGAACACUUGGGACUAUUGGAGUUCAGAUUACUUGCUGGUCAUAUAUAUUUAUACAUUAUGCCCUCCUUGUUGCCUACGUGGCUCGUUCAUCGGACAUCUUGACUAAUAUCUUUGGCAUUCCAAUAUGGGAAUGUGCAUCCCUGUUUUCUUUUAUCUUCGGCAGCAUUUGCUACUUUGGAAGUCAGCGGCUUAUUGGUGCAGUCAAUGGAGUUCUAGUAUCUGCCAUCAUAAUUUCUUUUGCAGCUCUAGUGCUUCUUGGCUACUUAUUUGGCAACUGAUGUAAGUUUUAAGCAAAAAAAUAUCUACAAAGACUCUGCAGAAGG